AUGCCUUCUACCGAUUGGAGAAUUUUCGAUGAGAUUCAUCAGAUGAACUUUCGGCAAAUCACAUAUCAGUGCCUCAAUUUUGCAAUGAUCGCCUCGUCGGCCCUGAUGCUUUGGAAGGGUCUCAUGUUUUUUGCAAACACCGAAUCUCCAAUUGUCGUCGUUCUUACAGGCUCAAUGGAACCAGCUUUUUAUCGAGGAGAUCUUUUAUUUUUGACCAAUGAUCAGUUGGAUCCCGUGCGCGCUGGUGAUAUGCCAGUGUGUCGGAUCUCCACUCUCAACGUCCCUUUCGUUCAUCGAGUCAUUAAGGUUCACGAGAAGAGCAGUCAUGACACAAAAUUCUUGACAAAAGGCGAUAAUAAUCGGAUCGAUGACCGUGGCCUCUACGCGAGCGGACAGUUAUGGUUGAAUCGAUCGGAUGUGAUCGGACGGGCUAAAGGACUAAUUCCAUGGAUCGGUAUGGUGACUAUUCUAAUGAAUGACUAUCCAGCGUUGAAAUACGCUGUUCUCGGUGUGUUAGCUUUGUUUGUGAUUCUGCAUCGGGAACAA